AUGUGCAUUUAAAAACACAAAAUACAGCUAAAGUCUAGACUUGGAGUUACGAUUGCAGCUUGGAUAGUGGGCUUAGUAGUUAUCAUUUUAUUAUUGUUUGGAUUAGCUUUCCUAAACAGAUCAUGGAUGCUAGCCGCUUAUUUCAACAUUGGAAUGACUUAUUUCUAUUCUCUUAUGUCAAUGGGCAUUCUAGCAGUUGAUCUUGGCUUUAGUCUUUAUAACAGAGAAUAUAACCUGACUGAAGAAUAAGAAAGUUAUACAUCCCUAAUGGAGGCAUUGUGGAACGUAAUCUAUUGGGGAUCUCUACUUCAUGGAUCAAUUCUAAACAAGUUUUACUAAAAGUACUGGACAAGUGGACAUUUCUCAAUGGGAACAAGAAUCAAAUAAUCAAUAAAAAAUCUGAUCAAGUUAAUUGUCAUGGGAGUCGUUGCAUUAGCUAUUUUCGGAUUAAUUGCUUAUUUUGUAAUUGGAUUGAGUGGAAUUAAUGGAGUAAAAGGAGCUUUACUGAUUAUGUCUAAUGUAUACAGUAUGCUGGUAUUGGUUAUUUUACUGGCUUAUGGACUUUUCAAUUUACCAGUAUUUCUUUGGAAAUAUGGAGAUAACAAAAAUAGUCUAUUUGCAGAACUCGAAAGAGCCGAAGAUAUCAGAAAAUAAUACAGAACUUCUCUAGUUGAUUUCCACACUCAAGUGAGCUAGUGCAAGAAUCUUGCUACGAAUCAUAGAACUGAAAAAAAUUAAAAUCUAAUGGAUAUUCUUUUAAAAGAGUUGCCAGAAAAGGAUUUAGAAGGUCAAAGUAUAGGGCAUUCAAAUUACUUUAAGAUUGAAUUAAAGAAGGGCUAAGAGGUAACUGAGGAUUUUAUAGCCAAUAUUAGAUAUCAAUUCAUGCUAGCAUUCUUCAUGUAUAAAAGAAAGAAAGCAAAGUGGCUAACAGUUUUCAAUCGAGUAGAAUCCUUAAUAGAAAAGCCAGUAAGCUACUCAGAAAGCCAUUUAAGGCCAUUGUAAAACUAAAACUUUGAAAAUAUGAAAUUAGAGGAUUUGGUCUUGAAAGCAAAGCCAAAUUAAGUCAAGAAAUUGAUUCUAUAUCGCAUUCUUGCAGUAUUAUCAUUUAUGUUUUGCCUGCUAGUUAUUAUUACAGAAGCUACUGUCAUAUUUGAUCCUGAAAAAACCAUAGUUUACUUUAUCGUUGUUAAGAACUCGUCUCAAACUUUCCUUGUUGUUAUCUUCACAAUUUUCUUCCUAUCUGGAAUCACACUAGUUUGCUUUUUCACUAUAUUCAAUCUGAAGAUGUCAGACUAUCUCCAGCUUGUACCUAAGCAUACUGAUUGUAUAACAUUUUCUUCUAUCACAGCUCUUUGUUGUAAAAUAGUGACUGUUUCUUGUUUUAAUUAUAUGACUUUGAUUGGUGAGAUUGCGCCAGGUAAAGAUGCUGACUUAUUCAGUACAAGUUAUGUAGAUUUCUACUCAUCCAUGAUAAAUGUACCUUUCUUUGGUAAAUACUUCAACACUAUCAUGCCACUCUUUAUUAUUAUCUUUGGACUACUUUUUGCUGCACUCUCAGUCCUUAAACUUUAAAAUAAAGCUUUGAAAUCUUUCUAGAAUAUAAGCAAGAGUAAAGAGGAAAAAGAGGAUGAUAAAAAAUCCUCUAAAGAGAAGAAGGUAGAUCCAAAUUUAGCCUUAAAAGAGAAGAUCAUUAGAGGAGAACGGGCUAUUGUUGCAGAAAUCGAUCUUAUCAAGAAAAAGGAAGAGAGGAAUAAACUGCUGAAAUAUAAUGUGAAACCCUAAUCGUAACUUGAAGAUGAGGAAAGUGCUAAAGCAUCAAAGAAAGGAAAGAAAAAUGAAGGUAAGUAGGUUAAGGAAAACGUAAAAUCAGCUAAAAAUGCUAAGAAAAAUACUAAAAUUGAGUAGAAUCCCUCUAUUAUUGAUGAAGAGUAUAACUCAUCUUCAAUAAAUAGGAACUCAAAUAGUGAUUCUGAAUCUGAGGAAAUAAAAACAGAUUUUAAGCCUGAUAAAAAGAAUAGAUUCAAUGAAAUGAACAAUAACAAUUAAUCAGAUAAAGUCAACAUAUUUAAAAAGCAAAAGUUUAAUGAUGAGAUAACGGAGAAGCUCCUGCCUGGAAAUUAAAAACCAUCUAGUGGCAACAAUAGUAGAAAGGUAUCUCAAGAUGAGUCUGGUAGUGCUGAUGAUGUUAGCAGAGUCUCAAGUUUCCAAAGCAGUACAAGUGAAGAUGGACUUUCUUCUAAAAGGGCUUCAGGCAGAAGAAAGAAAAACUUUAAUAAAGAGGGCUAUCUAAUGAAGAGAAAAACCAAAGCAAUAUUUGGAAUUGCGUAGUGGAACAAAAGGUUUGCUGUUCUUGAUAACGAGUAACUUAUUUUAUAUGAAGAUCACACAAAGAAGCAACCUAGAAAGCACAUUGAUAUGGCCAAGGUGAAGGCUGUAACUUUUCAUUACGAUGAAAAUGCCCCUGUCAAGUCAAAGAAAUUAUCAAAGAAGGAGAAAGACGAAAGUAGAUUCGAUAUGUAUACUCCAAACAGAACUUAUAUGUUCAAACCAGAGGGCAACAGUGUAAUAGAGAGUGAGUGGUGGGUAAGAAUUUUAAGAGAAUGUGCAAGAGCACACAACUCUAAUUUCACUAAUAAUGUUGACAGCUGA